AUGAUAUCCCCCCAGAAGAAUAACAACGGAGCUGCAUCGCCUCGUGCCUCCAUCCCCUUGCGAGGUCUGUUCCGCGAUGUCUACACUUGUCAACGACCCCAGCAACAGCGCUGCAACUUCUUCCUCUGGGCAACUGACGCCGAAGUCCGCGAAAAAACCGCCGUUCUAUCAAGCUCAAGAACAGAGCCGCAGUAUAUGCCCCAGACACCCACCAAGGCCUUCCGACACGAAGGAACGGGCCUUCUCACCCCACAGACCGACCGUCCACUGCGACACGCUCCUGGGUCCGGGUCGAGGAAUCUUCAGACCCCCUCAAAAAGCGCCAAGGCGCGCAUGAUGACAGAAGACUCGGAUGAGUUCGAAUGGGAUGAUACUAUUGCGGACGAAGCCACUACAGCGCAGCAUAGGCCUCGCCAGCCGGACUUUGGGCAUGCUGCUGGUGGCUCGGAUUUUCUCCCACGCAAGACGCCCCGGACGGAUUCGUUUACCUCGCCCAGUAAACGGAAGCUGUCUGAUAUGGAGAGUGCACCGUCCCCUACGCCUACUUCAGUGUUUUCUCCCCGGUCGACUGCAUGUCGACUUCCUCCGGCAUCAGCUGAGAUCUCGGUGACUCCUACGCCGAGCAAAUAUAAGAAUGCGCUAUCUGCUGAUUUUGCGGCGGAUACGUCAGAGUUAUCACUUCAGGCCUUGAGGAUUUUGGAGAGCCAUAAUGCGGUCGUGCCGAGGAAAGCUCAGGAAGAGCUCACCGAGUUAUUAAACAGAUAUGACCUGAAAACCAGAGGCAUAAUACGAGGACGGGAUAUCUCGCGAUUUGCAAUCAAGAAGAAAGAUGAGGAGAUUAUGGAGCUUAAUGAAAGGAUUGCAGUGCUAGAGUCGCAAAGGGAAUUGGGUAAGAGCAUGGCUAAUGGUUCAGGGAGGCAGUAG